CCCUAAAGGCUUCCCCCACCGGGAGCCGGCGGCGGACCCGCGGCGGAUCCUGCCGGGAAAGGCGGAGGAGCCCGGCACGGCCCCUCGCUCCCGGUUCCGAGGGUGAUUACUGCAUCCGUGGUGCGUUUUGCCACUGGAAAGGGAGAACCAUGGCGGUGAAUAUUCGGAAGCAUCCCCUGGGGAUUCCCCCACCAUCUGAAAAGGAAUGGCAAAAGGAAGACGAGGAAAAUUUCUUCCUGCUGGAUCCUGAUCGAAAGCAUGAUGUGCUGCCGCAGCCAUUCAGGAUGAUCAACCAACUGGUGAUGCAGCUUUUUGAGAGUGCUAUGGAAAUCAUUGAAAGGAGGGAGAUGCUCCGAGAAGCAGAAAAACUAAAGGUCCAGCCCAAAAAAUGCUUUCCUACAGCUGAAUUCCAGGUAACUGAAAGAGCCAAUUGCCUUGCAGUGUCUGGAAAAUACAUCUUUGUUGGUGUGCCCGUGGGUCUGUCUGCCUUCAACACGUGUGACUUCAAGGAUGUCUGUGCUUGGGAUGCAGCCAAGACAGAGAUCUGUGCCAUCCAUGCCUCAGAUUUGGGGAGCGAGCGCCAUGUCCUGCUUGCUGUGGAUGAAAUGGGGCUUGCCUGGCUCUUCUGCUUUCACAGGGAAAGCUUCCUGCUCAUUAAAACCCUGAAUGAAGUGGAGGACAUCAGCCAGAGAAGCACUUGUUUGGAGGUGGUGCUGUCCCAAGGAGGUGAUUAUGCAGGAAUCCUGCUGCAAGACAGCACAAAAGCUUGGCUGGAGAUCUACCAAUUGCCUAAGGAUUCCUGGCUGACAGAGAUGGAAAAGAUCACAGAAGCUGCAGAAGCUGCAGAAGAGCUGGCACGCAGUGAGAGGAGGUCAAGCUGCUCAUCUGAGGAGCUUCCUGUGACUGCAGUCCAAGCUGAUGUAGAGCUGGAUCCCCCAGUGCUGGAUCCCCCAGUGCUGCUGCUGACAGUGAGGCCACCCAAACCCAUUACAGGCACUAGUUUUAAAGGCCCUUUGGAGGCCCUGAAGGAAGUGGAUGAUGACUGCAUGCUUGGCUUGGGGUACAACCACCUAAUCAAGGAUUCCCAGUGGGAGCUGCAGGAAGCAAUCUUCUGUAGCACUUACCAGGAGUAUCUGGAGGCUGAGGGUGUGAUUGAGGAGACCCCCAGAUAUGCUACCUUUCAUUUUCUCCUUCCUAGCCGGAUUCUGGUGGGACCAGAAAUGGAAGUACAGCCAGAUAUUCCAGUUGGCAUCGGUGUGCAUUGGGAUGGAAACCACAACUUCUGCUUGUACUUACUUAACCAUUCACUCAAGGAGAAAGCAGAUUCUGAUCUGAAACCUGAUGUUGUGUGGCCAUGUGCAGCUCCAAUUGCAUGCUCAGCUGUCAGCUCCUGCUCCAGGUACCUGGCACUGGCAGGUGAAGAUGCAACAAUAACUAUUUGGGAUAAACACCUAGGAUACCCACUGUCUGUGACUGCCAUUCUAGAGGAACGUUUCAUUCGUAGUGUCCACUUUCUGUGUGAUUCUGCAGCUGCCAGUGAUGAGACAUGUGGUACAGAUUCUGUCUGUAGUGGUGCAGAGCCCGUCUAUCCCAUCAUACAGCUUCUAGUGCUGUGUACAGACAGCUCUGUCUAUUUGGUGAAAGCCUCCAGGGCUGGGAAGUCCAGCAUCACACUCCUGGCAGACAGGCCUGAAAAUCCAAAUCUUACUAUCAGUGCAGUGAUGCCUGUCCUGGCCUUCCCCAGUGCAGUCCUGAUCUUCACCUGGGAUGGCUCAGUGUCCCUGAUGAACACUGACACAUCACAGACUGUUUACUGCUUCUGCACUCCACCUUCUCAUGCUGUAGCACCCCCCUGGCAGCCAGUGUUCACAGUGGAUAGUGUGAACUGCUGCUUGCUGCUCCGAGGAGUUGAGCACCAGCAGGCAGAUGAAUUGGUCCAGAGCAAACCCACUCACAGCACCAUCUUCCUUUUUGAUUUCAACUCCUACCCACUGAAGGAGGCUUUCCCAAAGAAACCAGAUUUGCCUCGCAAACCCUUGCAGGAACUGCAGUGGGUUGAGAGAUGUAACAUUUUCCUUCGUGACAGGUUUCACUUUCUGCCUGAGAGGUGAUUCCGAAUUAUAUGCUGCUAGUCACAGCCCACAAAAAGAUAAUGAAACCCUUGCCAUCAAUUAAAUGUAAUUUCUGCAUGCUGAGGUGGAAGCAAGGAAGGCAAAAGACGAAGUCACCAAAUUUUCCUCUGGCAGCAGCUAUGGGAGCCAGCUCUGGAAGCCUCUCAGAACCUGGGCAAAACCAAGUAAGAUCAGCUAGACCUGAACUAGGGGUAAGAAAUGUUUUCUGUUUAUUCUCUGGUGUGUACAGCUAUGAAGAGUACAGAGAGCCCUUCUGACUAUUCUGACCUGAAGGCAUGUGCUCUAGGAAGAGGUGUAGGGCUGAAAUCAUCCAGCCAUGAAAUUUGUAAGGAAGUGGAUACUUACAGACUAAGAAAAAUCUGAUGAAAGCAUUGAAAAUGGGGCCCAAGGACACUGCCUCUUUUAAUGCUGCUAAGGAGUGGUAAGAAUAAGUACUAUAAACAUGUUUUUCUUCCAUUUGCAAGGAUGUAUGUUUACCUUCUCCUCUUGUAUUAGCUGCUCUGUGUGUUGUGUCCUUGCAGAUGCUAUGUAUACACAGAAUCACACACAAUAUUCUUCAAAGUCAGUGCAAGAACUGGCAUAUCAGUGGGUUUCAAACAAAAACCCCCUCCUGACCCCUUGUUUCUCUCAGCAAAGCAGAUAGCUCUGUUCCCAAGGUUGUCAGACUAAGUAAACCACAUAGUUUUAGGCCAGUUUGUCCAUAGUGGUCGGAUGGCUGUGGUGUGCUUGUGCAUACAACCCUUCAAAUUAGCUCAUCAAGGAAAGGAAAGCCGAUAGUCCCAAACAGUGCUAGCGAGAGAAGUCGAGCCUUUGACAUCUCACUGCUUUAUUUCACCCAGCAACACCUCUAUUAAAAACUCUCUGCAGUAUUUCUGUGUGGCGUGGCCAGCCAGCCAGCAGCAGGGGAGAGGCAGUGCUGUGAUUGAGGUAAGACCUUCCUGCCCAGACGGAGAGCGUGCGUGUCCUGGUGCUGCACGUGCACCACGGCACACCUGGGGAGGGGAUCCCACCCCAUCCCACCCC